UUCUUUCCUGACUAGGAGCACAGAACAAGUGAACUUAUGCAGAGCAUUCACCACUUCAGCAUCCAGUUCAGCAGACAGCAGCCUAUACACAUCUCCAGUCUACUGGAAGCAGAUUCCUCAGGAAUAAUCACAGCAAGCCAUCAUGACAAGGGGACAACCUGGCAGGACUGGGAGGUGGCUUGUACAAGAAGACUGAUAUUGGAUUCAUCAUUUCAGUAUAAAAAGGAUCCUGUUAUCAAAGAGUAAAAGUUCUCUUCCGUCAUGAGAUUGGAGAUAAUUACUGCACAACUGGGAAUCUACAACAAUGCAAUGCAUAGGCGGCAGGUGAAUAGCUCUAAUGCUACAAGAAGUGCGAUGCCUGUGAAACAGAUGAUGAAGAAAGAACACGUUUCAUAAGUUCCUCAGUGACCAACGGGACAUUUUGUGACCAAAUCUAUUUUGAUAAAAUGUGAUGGAUUAUUUUUACUUUACAAACCCAUUUCUGGAUAAGAACCAUGAUGAUAAAGCGGAUUGACAGCAGAGAGCACUCUGGAAGUGACAGAUAAAAUUAGUAACUAUGGCUGGUAUUAUUCUAAAUCUCAGGAAAAAGGAGUGGCGUGGCUUUUAAAAAAGAGUAAUAGAACAGAUUGGAACGCCAGCAAACACUAAUUAACUGAAGACUUUCUUAUUAGUACAUUUAAUCUAAUUUGCACAAGAUUGCUACAGCAACAUCAGUAGUAAGUAUUCCGCAGUAUCUCAAGCUAUGACUGAAGCCUAUUUCAAAUUCCGUGGAAACCGAACUAUCUACGUCCAGCAGUUCCCAACGGUAGCCACAGAAGCGACUGCCACUACCACAGAUAAAUAUUCCAACCUGUACAUGUAUGUGGGAUUGUUCCUCGGUCUUCUUGCGGUGCUGCUGGUUCUGUUGUUUACAAUGCUGUUACGUCUCAAGCACGUAAUCUCUCCUAUCACCACGAAUACAGAAAGCACCGAUAUGCCACAGUUUACCGAUGUGGAAAUGCAAGGAAGGUCUCCGAGUGCCUAAUGGAUUUUUAUAUGCAUGGAAUCAACACUGAUGAACAAUUCAACAAACAAUCAUGCACAACUGCAAUAUGAGAAAUUGUCCUCUUGAACCCAAGAUUGCUGCACAGCAUGGCUGGAGCAAUGCAGCCUUAGCAAGCAAUUCCAUGUUGAACAGAAAUCUCACAAUCUGUAGACUUUUCCUAUAUAAAAUAAUCAUUUCAAGAUGAUCACAUAUAUUUUGGUAGAUUUUUUGUUUUCAUGCAAUAUUACUGAUGCAGCACAAACAUCUGCAAAGCACUUGAUUUAUCAAACUAUCUAAAGAAGACAAUUGGAAGUGUUUCCCCUAGCAACCAGAUUCUAUCAUCUUAUAGUAUAUACUAGAUAAAUGAUGGUUUCUAUGCGUAGCACCUCUACUUGUCCUAUUUAGGUUUGAUAAAUCUCCCUCUUAAUUAUAUUAUACUUGCCUAGUUUGUGGGCUACCUGUCCAGGAAAAUCUGGAGGGGGGUCCAAGGAGCAAGUGUGGAGUGAUGUGAUUUGCAUCCUCAUGGCCUCACCCCCAUGCUGCAUGUUGAAUUGUGUCAUUUCGCAGUGGGAGGUAGGGCAAUGAUGAAGCAUUGACGUGCAGUGGGAUCAGGGUUAUGACAGCACAAAUCAAUUCAUCAAGUCUCUGUAGAAUUCUCAAGCAUGAGAAGCCAGAUCCAAGAGGAUGGUCUGCUCUCACAGAAGGACUCCCGCGUGAGGUGUUGGACUGGGGCAUAAAGUGCCCACCGGGGGAAUGCAGUAGUAUGGGCCCAUGCUUAAGGGGUAUGGUCAUCCACUAGAGGGGGUGUGGUCAGCCAUUGCAGAUGCUUGGCUAACAAUUAGGCAAAUCCUGGUGUCGUUUUUAUAGAAGUGAACCAAGAACCCAUGUUUAUCAGCAAUCCUGCUCCGCUACGUAACAAUGUGCAAUUUGAUUCUGGAACAUGAGGAGGUUUGCCCUCGGACAGUGCGGCCCACCGGGGCUUUACCACACACACAUCCACACCCUGCCGCAUGUACCAGGAGAGUAGCCAAGUGUUAGUUAUCUUCUUGUACCAAAUCUGUUGUCACUGAAACUUUUGCCAUUAGAGUGAUGAAAGUCAACUUGAAAACAUGUUAUCGAAUUUCAAUCAUGUAAUGAAUUAUUAUAUAAAUACAAUGGUUAUUUAUAUAUGCCUUAAUUAUUUGAUUACAUUUAGGUUUUUAUUUUCAAGACAGUAGAGGUCACUUAAUAGCCACAACAUACAUUUUUCUAUUUAGCCACCUGUGGACCAAUGUUGGAGUAGUAUGCAAGCUCACUGCAAUUAUGGCACACUCCCAUUGCAUGCGCUGAGUGAAAUGUGGAUAUUCCCCUGCAUGUAGAAUUGCAUGCAGCAACCUAUAUGUGAGCCCUAUCCAUGUGCUUUGUUUCAUAGUCAUUAUCACUAUCAGCGCACACUUUCACCAAACCCCUCUCGGUGCAAGAGAUCUGUCUGAAAUUGGAAAGAUAUCUGCAUAUGCAUAACUAAGCAUAGUCUGCAGUACUACCUACAAGCCCUCACUACACUUCGCCUUCGUGAAAAAACUCUAUUACCACCCUGACUUGAGUGGAGAUACGACUGAGGUGCCGACAACUCAGAUUUGCCAGUUGAGGCAUAGGGAAUACUUCUGCAAAACAGACUUUAGUGCAACACUACAGCCCUAACUGUGACAUCAGUCAGAUUUGGGAACUGUCCUGGUUAAACCAUUCUAUAGCGACUUUUGUAAGAUUUGUGGCCCAGAUAAGAAUUUGCAUGGUGGAAGUUGUAGAAAGGCCUGGUCCAUUAAAGAAAAACGAUUACUAUUUUAUCUUAAUACUGUAUAAUGCUUUUCAAGCUUUAUUUCUGCCUUACAAUAGGCAUAACUGUAAAGGACAUCAGGAGUGUAUUUAUUUCAAGUUUCAUUAUUGUACAUUUCAAGCACUGUUACCACAGUCUGAAUCAUACUGUACUUGUCUACAUCUUGUUUCUCCUCUCUAGGACACACCUUGAGAGGAGAUACAGAAGACCACUUCAGGGGGUGGGCCGUGCUUUCAUAACAGUAACCCCCGCCCCAUCACUGCCAAAUGCCACAAAUCACAGUGGAAGGGGUGGAGCUAAAAUGAUGCUCCAUAUGGAGCAGUGAUUCCCCGUAUUAUGUCCCUAUUAUGUCCCUAUCUUGCCCACUUUAAUAGGAAGUAGACAGGAUGCAGGAGAUCCACCCAUGCAUCCAGGGGGGGGGCAGGGGAACUACCCGAAAAAUUGGUGGAGUAGGUAAGUAUUGUCUGAAUCGCUGUUAAAUAACUGGUCACAACUGUAAAUCUUGUUUUUGCCUUUGAGUUUAAUAGGAGGCACAGGAAUUGCUUCAUCAGUACAGUUUACACACACACACACACACACACACACACACACACACACACACACACACACACAUUAAUGGGUGCACAAAAACAGGUUCUGGACACCACAAGCAGUCAUCUAUACUGUGGGCCUGACACAUUGCAGUUUUGUACAAUAACUUUUACAGUGUCAGUAAUGAACAGGAAUGCUGUCUUCAUACUUCCAUGGACACUAUAUUGUUUUAAUAUGUUUGAAUGACAGAAUGCAGUUUUGCUACUAAACAUCCCGCUGCAGCUUCUUUGCUAAGAAAAUCAUUCAUUUACACCUAGGCUAAAAGUUUACAUAGGAGAUGUGGUUGGAGUGUGGCUUUCUCCUAGAUACCAAAUACGGAAAACAAAUUGAUCCAGUCAGACCUGUGCACAUGAUUGUUGAAAAGACCCUGUUAAAUAAAACCUUGAGCUGUAGCCUCAGAGUAUUUUUCUCAAAGCCUCCCUAAACCCUAGUGCACCAACGCUCGUGAACGCUGCAGGAAAUGUUGAAAUUGACGCAACACAACGCUAACGCUUGCCAGAAAGUAUGUGUGCACAGGUAGACACGCUAAUACUUUAUUUGGUAUAUCAGUAUUAAAGAACAUUUAGCAGGCUUUAGGAUAUUGCACAAAUGCCUGGGUUCAUCCCCUAUGUGUGCACUUCCCCCCCCCCCCAAUACUCCCGCACCCCCCACCCCACCCCACAGCUGUGUAUUCCUUUCCAGUUAAUCACCAGGAGCCUUCCACAUUUCUCAGAGUCAAUAACUGGUAGUCUUUUGGGAAAACUAUCACACAGGGGAGCUCUAUGUUGGAGGCAUGGUAUCUAUAGCAAUAAGUGACUGUGCACAUGAAAUGUCUAUAUAAUGUAUCUUGCCUACGCUCUGUAUUCAUCAUUGGCCCUCAUUCCGAGUUGAUCGGUCGCAAGGCGAAUUUAGCAGAGUUACACACGCUAAGCCGCCGCCUACUGGGAGUGAAUCUUAGCUUCUUAAAAUUGCGACCGAUGUAUUCGCAAUAUUGCGAUUACUAACUACUUAGCAGUUUCAGAGUAGCUUCAGACUUACUCUGCCUGUGCGAUCAUUUCAGUGCUUGUCGUUCCUGGUUGACGUCACAAACACACCCAGCGUUCGCCCAGGCACUCCCACCGUUUCCCCGGCCACUCCUGCGUUUUUUCCGGAAAUGGUAGCGUUUUCAGCCACACGCCCCUGAAACGCCGUGUUUCCGCCCAGUAACACCCAUUUCCUGUCAAUCACAUUACGAUCGCCAGAGCGAAGAAAAAGCCGUGAGUAAAAUUACUUUCUUCAUAGUAAAGUUACUUGGCGCAGUCGCAGUGCGAACAUUGCGCAUGCGUACUAAGCGGAUUUUCACUGCGAUGCGAUGAAAAAUACCGAGCGAACAACUCGGAAUGAGGGCCAUUGUGUCUGCAGCCUUUUGAAGGGAAGCUAAGAAAAAAUGGUUUUGUCAUGUAUCUAUUAAAUGUGUAGCUGUGUUGUGUAAUUCUAUAUUAUGGCAAAUAAACAUAAUAGGUUUAUUCUUUAUAUAAAAA